AUGGAGACCGGCGUCGGCCCACAUCCGCUGCGCCUGUUCAUCUGCCUGAUGCCGCUCUGUCUCGCCUUGCUUUUGGGACCAGGGAGGCCCGGGACCGCCGAGGAAGUCAUCCUCCUGGAUUCCAAAGCCUCCCAGGCUGAGCUGGGCUGGACUGCACUGCCGAGUAAUGGGUGGGAGGAGAUCAGCGGCGUGGACGAGCACGACCGUCCCAUCCGCACCUACCAGGUGUGCAACGUGCUGGAGCCCAACCAGGACAACUGGUUGCAGACUGGCUGGAUCAGCCGCGGCCGCGGGCAGCGCAUCUUCGUGGAGCUGCAGUUCACACUGCGCGACUGCAGCAGCAUCCCUGGAGCCGCCGGCACCUGCAAGGAGACUUUCAACGUCUACUAUCUGGAAACCGAGGCCGAUCUGGGCCGUGGGCAUCCCCGCCCAGGCGGCAGCCGGCCCCGCAAGAUCGACACGAUCGCGGCGGACGAGAGCUUCACGCAGGGCGACCUGGGCGAGCGCAAGAUGAAGCUGAACACAGAGGUGCGAGAGAUCGGUCCGCUCAGCCGGCGGGGUUUCCACCUGGCCUUUCAGGACGUGGGCGCAUGCGUGGCGCUGGUCUCUGUGCGCGUCUACUACAAGCAGUGCCGCGCUACAGUGCGGGGUCUGGCGGCGUUCCCAGCCACCGCAGCCGAGAGCGCCUUCUCCACGCUGGUGGAGGUGACCGGAACGUGCGUGGCGCACUCAGAAGGGGAGCCCGGCAGCCCCCCGCGCAUGCACUGCGGCGCCGAUGGCGAGUGGCUGGUGCCCGUGGGCCGCUGCAGCUGCAGUGCGGGAUUCCAGGAACGUGGUGACAUCUGUGAAGCCUGUCCCCCAGGGUUUUACAAGGUGUCCCCGCGGCGGCCCCUCUGCUCGCCGUGCCCGGAGCACAGCCGCGCCCUGGAAAACGCGUCCACGUUCUGCGUGUGCCAGGACAGCUACGCGCGCUCGCCCAGCGACCCGCCCUCGGCGUCCUGCACCCGGCCGCCGUCGGCGCCGCGGGACUUGCAGUACAGCUUGAGCCGCUCGCCGCUGGCGCUGCGGCUGCGCUGGCUGCCUCCGGCCGACUCCGGCGGCCGCUCGGACGUCACCUACUCGCUGCUGUGCCUGCGCUGCGGCCGCGAGGGCCCGGCGGGCGCGUGCGAGCCGUGCGGGCCGCGCGUGGCCUUCGUGCCGCGCCAGGCGGGGCUGCGGGAGCGCGCCGCCACGCUGCUGCACCUGCGGCCCGGCGCGCACUACACCGUGCGCGUAGCCGCGCUCAACGGAGUGUCGGGCCCGGAGGCCGCCGCGGGAGCCACCUAUGCGCAGGUCACCGUCUCCACCGGCGCCGGGGCACCAUGGGAGGAGGAUGAGAUCCGCAGGGACCGAGUGGAGCCCCAGAGUGUGUCCCUGUCAUGGCGGGAGCCCAUCCCCGCUGGAGCCCCUGGGGCCAACGGCACGGAGUAUGAGAUCAGAUACUAUGAGAAGGGUCACAGUGAACAGACUUACUCCACGGUGAAGACAGGGGAGCCUGCAGUCACCGUCACCAACCUCAAGCCGGCUACCCGCUACGUCUUUCAGAUCCGGGCGGCUUCCCCGGGGCCCUCCUGGGAGACCCAGAGCUUCAACCCCAGCAUUGAAGUGCAGACCCCGGGGGAGGCUGCCUCGGGGUCCAAGGACCAGAGCCCCGCAGUCGUCGUCACCAUUGUGACCAUCUCAGCCCUGCUCGUCCUGGGCUCUGUGAUGAGCGUGCUGGCCAUUUGGAGGAGGACCUGCAGCUAUGGCAAAGGAGGUCGGGAUGCCCGUGAUGAGGAGGAGCUGUAUUUCCACUUCAAAGUCCCAACUCGCCGCACAUUCGUGGAUCCCCAGAGCUGUGGGGACCCGCUGCUGGCUGUUCAUCUGUUUGCCAAGGAGCUGGAUGCGAAAAGCGUCACGCUGGAGAGGAGCCUUGGAACAGGGCGGUUUGGGGAGCUGUGCUUCGGCUGCCUGCAGCUUCCGGGCCGCCAGGAGCUCCCCGUGGCCGUGCACACGCUGAGGGAGGGCUGCUCCGACUUGCAGAGGCUCAGCUUCCUGGCCGAGGCCCUCACCUUGGGCCAGUUCGACCACAGCCAUGUGGUGCGGCUGGAGGGCGUCGUCACCCGAGGAAGCACCUUGAUGAUCAUCACUGAGUACAUGAGCCAUGGGGCCCUGGACGGCUUCCUCAGGCGGCAUGAGGGCCAGCUGGUGGCUGUGCAACUGAUAGGGCUGCUGCCCGGCCUGGCGUCGGCCAUGAAGUAUCUGUCAGAAAUGGGCUACGUCCACCGGGGCCUGGCGGCCCGCCGGGUGCUGGUCAGCAGCGACCUCAUCUGCAAGAUCUCCGGCUUUGGGCGGGGACCUCGGGACCGAGCAGAGGCUGUCUACACCACCAUGAGUGGCCGGAGCCCGGCACUGUGGGCCGCCCCCGAGACGCUUCAGUUUGGCCACUUCAGCUCCGCCAGUGAUGUUUGGAGCUUCGGUGUCGUCAUGUGGGAGGUGAUGGCCUUUGGGGAGCGGCCCUACUGGGACAUGUCUGGCCAAGACGUGAUCAAAGCCGUGGAGGAUGGCUUCCGGCUGCCGCCCCCCAGGCACUGCCCCUCCCCCCUGCACCGACUGAUGCUUGACUGCUGGCAGAAGGACCCAGGUGAGCGGCCCAGGUUCUGCCAGAUCCAUGGCCUCCUGAGCAAGAUGGUGCAGGAUCCAGAACCCCCGAAGUGUGCCGACACUACCUGUGCCAGGCCUCCCACGCCCCUGGCGGACCGUGCCUUCUCCACCUUCCCCUCCUUUGGCUCCGUGGGCGCGUGGCUGGAGGCCCUGGACCUGGGCCGCUACAAGGACAGUUUUGCUGCCGCCGGCUAUGGGAGCCUGGAGGCUGUGGCCGCCAUGACUGCCCAGGACCUGGUGAGCCUGGGCAUCUCAUCAGUGGAGCACCGGGAGGACCUCCUCAGCGGGAUCAGUGCCCUGCGGGCCCGGGUGCUCCAGCUGCAGGGCCGGGGGGUGCAGGUGUGA